AUGGCCACUACUCUAUUCUCCUUCCACCCAACCCCACUCCUCUCCCCGCCGCCCAAUCUCCGCAACCCUCUCCUCCCCCGCUCCCACCGCCCCCACCUCCUCCGCGGCUCCCUCGCCGUCGCCCGCCUCGGACUCGGGUCGGGUCCAAUCCCCGACCCGGAACAAUCCCUCCCCGCUCUCCACGACCUCCUCUCUAAAGCCGAGAGCUUUCUCUACACGGUUGCCGACGCGGCGGCGACGGAGAAUCUGAGCAAGAGCAACAACGAUUGGCUGUCUGGGAUUACGAACUACCUUGAGAGCGGGCUCAAGGUUUUGAAGGAUGGGCUCUCCAGUGUUCAUGUUCCAUACUCUUAUGGAUUCGCCAUUAUAUUGUUGACUGUGAUUGUUAAAGCUGCGACCUUUCCUCUGACGAAGAAGCAGGUCGAGUCUACUAUGGCUAUGCUGUCGUUGCAGCCUCAGAUAAAAGCGAUUCAAGAACGCUACGCCGGGGAUCAGGAGAGAAUUCAACUCGAAACUGCAAGGUUGUAUAAACUAGCUGGCAUAAACCCCUUGGCAGGAUGCCUGCCUACGCUUGCAACGAUACCGAUAUGGAUUGGUUUGUAUAGGGCUCUUUCAAAUGUGGCAGAUGAGGGACUCCUUUCGGAAGGGUUUUUUUGGAUACCCUCGUUGGCCGGUCCUACAACGAUCGCUGCUCGAAGUAGUGGCAGUGGAGUCUCUUGGCUUUUCCCUUUUGUAGAUGGUCAUCCACCCCUUGGCUGGUCAGACACCUUGGCAUAUCUUGUCUUGCCUGUUUUGCUGGUUGUCUCGCAGUAUGUAUCUGUUCAAAUUAUGCAGGCAUCACAGCCACAGACUAACGAUCCAAACAUGAAGAGUUCUCAAGCGAUUACCAAGUUCCUUCCUUUGAUGAUUGGUUACUUUUCUCUUUCAGUUCCUUCGGGUCUAAGUCUCUAUUGGUUGACAAAUAACUUACUGAGCACAGCACAACAAGUAUGGCUUCAAAAGUUCGGGGGUGCAAAGAAUCCAAUUAGUGAACUAAGUGAUACCGUGAUCAAGGAAGAGGAACCCCAAAUUCGAAAGUCUGUCUCUGCAACGAAGUCUGUCUCUACUCUAAAUCCAACCAAAUCUGUCUCUGCUCUUACUUCAACCCAAAAGGAUGCCAAACAAGAAGUGAAGUUGACGUCAGAGGGUCUGCGGCCUGGUGAAAGGUUUAAAAUGAUAAAGGAGCAAGAAGCCCGGAGAAAAAAGCAAAGAGAAGAAGAAAAGAGGAAACUUGAAGAGGCAGCAGCCAAAGGAAGUCAAAAAACUAAUGAGAUACAUGGAGAAGCCAGAUUACUUGAGAAAGAAAAUGGAGUUGCAGUUGAAGUAGUGGUUGAAAAGAGAGAAGAAGUUGAAUCUCGGACCACAACUCAUAAUUCCUCUCGUGUUGGAGUUCCUGUCAAUGGUGAUGGGUCCAUAGAGGAAUUGAAGGAAGAUAAGAACACAGUAUCAGGUCAGAUGGAAAGCAGUGAAGAUUCUACUAUUCUAAAUGAUGGGCACGAGUCACACGAGAGUAGAGAAAAUCAAAAGGAAGCUAUUAAAGUACAAACUUCCACAACCACCGUGGAUAAUAAAACAGUAUCUGAAGAAGGCAGAGAGUAACAAACCAUGUAGCAUAUGCAUUCUUAAUUCAGUAAACGAGUCAAGCUAUUCAUGUUGAGAGGAUUGUUACUGAUCACCCAACUAGAAUAUGGAUAGGACUCGAUUCAUCCUAGCCAUUCUAAGCAAUCAGGGUUGUAUAUUAUAUCCAGGAGAGAUGAGUAGGAUCUACGAAAUUUUGGGGUUCACACUCUGUGGCUUGAACGAGUGUUUGAAUACAUGUUCUGCAGAAAACGUUCCUUUCCCUUAUAAUGCAAUUUUCUUUAUUAUUUUGGUGAAAUGGGAAAAUUGGAUAGGAAACAUAGAAGAUGUAUUGGACUUCUUCUUUCUUUGUUGUUCAUUGUGUAGCCACACAACUUAUGAAUAAAUGAUAUACAAAUUCAG